ACAAUUAUCAACCGCACUCGCGCAAAGUACAUUCACCGAUAGCGCGCGAAAUCCAUCAUCUCACUCCCGUUCAGUAUUCACGAUGACUUCGUACGAUGAGGAUCGUCGCGUGUGGAGUGGACCAAGGCUUGAACCGAUGUUUGAUCUUCGUCGAAGUGCUGGCGAUGUUGUCAUGGAACUGCUGAGACGCAAUCCGGGGAAACCGGUUCAGAUCGAUGGUGAUAGUGGACGGAUGCUGACCCGGGAUGAACUUCGAAUCAGAGCGGUGCGGAUUGCUCAAAAUUUACGCGACAAGUUUCGGCUGGGUGAAAAAUACGAUGAAAUUGUAACGAUCGCUGCCUUGGGUAGUGAAAAUUUGAUGCCGUUGACGACUGCUCUGCAGUUUUUGGCAGUGCCCUACAAUGCCCUUUACCCGCAUUACACCGAAGGCGAAAUGGUUCACUUGAUGCGACAAACGCAAUCUCGGUUACUGUUUUGCGAUGCUUCCAAUUAUGCUCUGGUGAGAGAGGCUGCGGAAAAAUCAAUCGAAGGAGAGUUGGUAGUGUUUGUAAUGGAUGGGAUUGUGGAAGGAGCGCGAUCGGUGCUGGAGUUGCUGGAUGAAACGGGCGUUGAAGACCAAUUUGAACCACUUCGAGUAGAAAAUACCACGAAAGCCAUUUGGAGCAUUUUAUGUUCAUCCGGUACGACAGGUGCACCGAAGGGAAUUUGCUUAUCUCAUGCCAACAGGACGUCGUCAUAUGUUUUCCAAAACUUCUCCAACAUGACAAUUUUGGCGCUGGGAUCGAUUCACUGGAUCAGCGUUGCUUACUGCUACGAUUUGGCGCUGUUCUACAACAGCGUGGUAGUAUUCACUCGAAAGUCAUUCUCGCCUGAGUUGGUUCUUGAUCUUCUGGAGAAGUACCGCAUAACUGCCAUCAACUGUCAACCGCUGUUUGCCAACGCCGUAGCACAUCAUCCACGAGCCAAAACCACAGAUCUGUCUUCCUUGGCGCUUUGGGGAAUCGGUGGAUAUUUUGUGUCCGACAGCGUUCGAGAUGCAAUCGACGCCAUUCUCCCCAAAGGGAAAUCCUACACGAUCUACGCUUCCACGGAGUGCGGCCUGAUUGCAACGGACCUUUUUCAGCGAAAACGGGGGGCUGUGGGAACCGUGUCUCCGAAUAUGCAAAUACGAGUCGUCGAUGACGAUGGUAAUGCUCUCGGGGUUGGAGAAAGUGGGGAACUACUGCUGAAACGCUCGAUUCCCUUUGGGGGAUACCUCAAAAAUGAGGAAGCAACCAAAGCGGCGUUCGACGACGACGGUUGGUUCCGGUCUGGAGAUACGGGCUACUUUGACGAAGAUGGAUUUCUGCAUCUUGGCGAUCGAAAGGGUGACUUUUUCAAGUACAUUGAUCAUGUGCAACCGACAACCCUGGAGGAGAUAAUUGCCCAAGUGGAAGGAGUGGAGCAAGUUUGCGUGAUUGGGUUGCCGCUGGAAAACAAGAGUGUAGAGUUGCCCACGGCAGUUGUCGUGCGAAAUAAGGACAGUGAAGUGUCUGGAGAGGCGAUUGCAGACUAUGUGGCAGCACGUGUGAGAGAUCAUAUGAAACUGCGAGGAGGGGUGCAUUUUGUUGAUGAUCUUCCAUUGACGGGCAAGGGGAACGUGAAACGGAAAGAACUGAAGAGAAUAAUGAUUGAUAAACUUGCGGAAGCCAAUUAGAGUAAUGUGGGGCAAAAAAUAUUUCAGAGGGUUUCUAGUUGGAAACAAUGUUGUAAAUGUCAUAGUGAUUGAAAUGCUGAAUUUAAGUAAGGAACAUCUACAAUAAUAAAAAUCGAUUAAGAUUUGUUAUCAUAUUAUGAAAAUAAAAAUAUUAAUUUUGACAUUGCA